UCUUUAGAUGCUUAAAGAGUGAUGAUUAUUUUGCAAGUCUCUCUUACAAUAUCCCAUGUUGUCUCAAGACAUUCUAGACUGGCGAGAGAGAUCUCCUUCUCAGGCGAUAGAGUUUUUUGUGAAAACACUUCGUCGUUUUUUAGAGGGUAUGAAGGCCGAGAAACACGUGAGUAAGCUUCCCUCGUCUGGAUUUUCCUUCCAGAUUGUAGCUCUUUCUUGUUACCUCAAAUGGUAGGAACUAGUCUUAGCCUCAAAUGAGAAUUAAAACUACCGACUUGGCUGGUCUCUCGACGCUCGGAAUUAUCACGCCAUACAAUAACCUUCCUCUGUACAGUACCGAAUUAAUAUUUGCUCGACUUUCCAUUCACCUUCACCUUCAUCGGCACACAAACGCAGAGUGAAUCGAUUGUCACCCAGUCCUUCUUUCCAUUUGAGUCUUAACUUUUAGAGUUUUUUAAUUCGUUCCCUUUUCAAUUCAAUAUUUUCCUACGAUACAGAUUUCUGUCCUUUCAUACUCAACAAUUGCUAUAUUUGAUAGGUUCGAAGAGGAAAGUCAAAUCGAAUACAGGAAAUUCUGCCCAUAGAUUCUAUUUCUCAUAUUAUACUCAUAAUUGGCAAUCAGAAACCAUGUCUUUCAGUUCCGACAAACGAAAUGGAAGUCGUGCUAGUUCCUAUACCUUUUCUCCAAAGAUACCCCAAAUACCUGAAGCUCCUUCUCCAGUUCUUCCACCAAAUAUCCAUCCAACAACUUUCUGCGCCAUUGGUCCUCAUGCUUGCGAUCUCGACAUCCUCUCCCGUCUCCACGCUCAAACCGUACGAGCCAUGGGCCGCGAUAUCUCUCGCGAGGAAUUCUACCUUCGUAUGGAAGGACGCCCUGCCAGAAGCCUUGCCCCCCUUUCUCCCAACCCAAACAUCAAUCCAUUUUCAUCUUCCAAUACCAAAAUCAAUCCUGAAUACCAAACAUCUGGAAAAUGUCGAAUGGAAAGUGGCACAACUGUAUCUAGAGAUAGCAGUGUAAGAAGUGGUGUUAGUGCAAUGGAAGCAAUAGAGCCAGAUCAGAAGUUCAGAGAAUUUGUAGCUAGAUGUGUGGGAAUUACACCGCGGGCUUUAUUCAUGGGAGUUGGGGCGACAGAAAGAGCAGAUAGAAGAGUUGGGAGAGGACCAGGCUUGACGGCUAAGGAAGAAGAAGAAAAGGGGGUUUAUGAGAAAGUUGAUUGGGGAGAUGGAAUUCCUGAGUUUGAAGCGUGGGUCGAUAUGGUAUGCAAAGAGGUCCUAGCCAUGAGAAGAAGACUCGAUGCUUCAAGAGGUUUAAUUUAAAAUUGGCAAGCGAAUCAGUUAUUCCCUUGGCGCAUGGCUAAUGAUACAAGCUGUUAUCACGCCCGUUACAUCAGUUACAUUGAAGGCGACUGGUAUUUGGAACUGAAACAUCAGUUGUUAUUAUCGUUCAAUCCAUCGGCUCUGCUGAUUUAUACUAGCAUUAAAAUUGGGGUAGGGAGUGUAUUGCUAGGAAGAAGGAGAUGCAGAUUGGAAGAUUUUGUCUUGCUGUGGUUGCUUUCGCGAAGAAGCUCUCGAAAUGCGCUUAGAUUUCAAGUUAACUGUUCUCUAAAAGAUUCAAACUACAGCUGCUGG